AUGGCUCACGCGGCGCAGCGAUCCGCAAAGGCUCUUGCGGGCCUCGAGCGCUUGCGCAACGACGAAAACGCCACUCCGGCCCACGACGCUUCCGCCUACAUCAGCGCAUCCAUGCUCCAGUCGGGCGGACUCUCGCCGCUGCCCACCUCGGCCCAGCUCUACGACAUCCACCUCCCAGACAUAUCAGCCUUAUCCCCCCUGCCCUCGCAUCCCACGGGCAGCCGGGCGCCAACGCGGCAGGCGCUCCAUCCGCUUGCGGCCAGCAACCAGCGACGCGACGCUGCGUCCUCCUUGCACGCAGCGUCUGCGGCCAAGCACAACACGCGUGGAACACAAGUCAGCGUCGUGGUGCCGCACGAUCCAGGUCGCGUUUCGCGAUCCCGCUCCCGCUCCAUUUCCGCGCGUCCUUCUCCCUCCGCAUCCGCACCCAACGCCGCCAUCGAGGCAGAGGGCGGCCUCAUGACGCCUCCGGCAUCCGGCAUGUCGGCGCUCUCCUCGUCCCAGCUCGACCAGUCGGAACACCGGCCGCCCCACCCGACCUCACCCACCCCUCUCAAGCCGAGAUCACGCACGCAGUCUCCGCACAAACGCAUGGUCCAGCCCCCUUCGUCCCACAGCCUCACUCCAGGGACCCUCACCUCGACUCCUGCACGACCGAGGAGAGCCGCCAGCCCGCACAACAAGAGGACCAGAGACCUGGUCGAGACGCCCGUCAUGGCCCGCAUGCGCGACCACAGCACCUCUCUCCAAGCCGAAUCCAUCUUUAAGAACUCGCCCAACCCGCGGGCCCGCAAGAACACGAGGACUUCGCAGCUCGUACCCGGUGUCGCCAGCGGCAGCAUCAACGCUCAGUCUGACUCGGAACUCGACUCGGACGAGCCCCUGGCCAAUGCUUCCCGGCUCGAUCCUGUUCAGGCCUCUGCCUUGAUCGCUGGUGCCACAAGGCUACCGCCGUCUUCGGGUCGCGCAGCCAACGCCAAAUCCAAGGGAAAGGGUAAGGGUCGGAUCGUGUCCGGCGCCGCCUACCGUGACGACCCAUCGACUGCGCUAGAGGAGGACGACGAGGACGGCGACUCCGACGUCGAGAUCGUCAGGGUCACCAGGCGCAACGGCCCCGAGGCUUCUUUCCUCCGUGAAGCGCGCGAAAAGGGCUGGGACCGCAUCGCGAAUAGUCCGGUCAGGACCAUUUACAUCCAGCAGCCUGAGCCGCCGCAGCGGCAGAGGCAGGGCUCUGCGCGCGCAAAGAGCAAGACGCCGAAGCCCGAAUCGCAAGAGAGCCUUUCGACUCCCGCCGGCAGAGCGAGGAGCCGAUCCUCAUCGAGACCCUUGGCCAACGUAGCACCUCCCGCCGCCGCUGAUAACAGCGCGGCCGAUUUGUCGAGCCAGAGCAUCAAGUCAUCGUCUUCCCAGUCGUCCACGAGCACCAUUUCGCGGAAGAAACAGCCUGGGCCCGCUCGAAGGCGGGCGUCUUCGUCAGCGUCCACGUCCAACCUCCGUAUCAAGACCAAGACUGGCAGAUCACGGAGGAUCUCGGCCCCGCCCUCCAACGUCGGCGAGUACAUCAGCGAACAUCCGGCCAUGCCCGACAGCCCUAGCGAGGACCCGCUCCUCCUCGUCGGUCCCGAGCCGGACUUCUCUGCACGCUAUAACGCGUCGGUCUCCUACGGACGCAGCGGCUUCGCCUCUCCGAGCGUGACGGCGAGCGGCAUCCGGGCCUCGCAGAAGCACGGUCAGCUGCACGACUCGACCUUCGCCAUCCCAGAGGGCCUGGAGGAGGGCGGCGAUUCCGGCGAGGAUGACGACGAGGACGAUGGCUACAACGACUACGAGCCUUUGGUCUUUGAAGACGCCAGCCGCAUCUCGCAGACCAACGCGUCCCGCCCGAAAACGACCUCUUCCGCUCAGAUGCUGACGUCGACGCCUUUGCCCGGAGCAAGGAUGGCCUCGAAGCUGCCCGCCGAGAUCCCUCUUCCGAGCUCUGUGGCUGCUACACCGUCAGCGGGCAACCAAAUCGAGAUCGACGGCGUCACAGAUACGCCACAACAGAGUAGCCACCCGGCGACGACCUCGUUCGACGCAGGCGACCCUCGCCUCGAUGAUGCACCAGAGACGUCCUUUGACGUGAGCCUGGAGCGCGAAGCGGACGGAUCGUCUGCAGAGACCUCGCAUGAGUUGCCAACAUCGGCUCAUGAUCCUGGCCACGAAGACGUCAUAUUUGGCCAGUUCCACGACGAUGGUCCGCUCAGCUCUGACGAGUCCAGCGCCGGGGGAUACCUGGACGUCGACCGCGCCGCUGCGGAUGAGAGCUUAGCUGCAGCGCCAGAGGUCGCAGAUGACGUCGCCAUCGAACAAGGCGAUGACUCCGACGCUAGCGGCAGCCUCUCUGGCGCCGAGGGAGCGCGUGCCGGUGAAGGUGAAGGAGAUGCCAGCACGCCCCGGACGAUGGCGGACUACAGCCGUGACGAGACGAACAACGCCGUCUACGGUGCCGGCGAACGCGAUAGGGACAGCGACAUGGAGUUCGUUGGGCAAGCCUACAAUCGAGACCAGGAUGCUCGCAUCCAAAGCGGAGGCAAUGAAGAAGAGGAGAGGGAGGACGGCGGCAGCGACAAUGACGACGACGACAACAACAACAACGACGAUGACGGGCGGGAGCAGGAUUCGCGGAGUGCAGGGGCCCUUGGUCAGGACAGCGAUGAAAGCGGGCGCAGCGGCACGACCGGCAAUCAGUCUUCAGAGGCCGACAGCUCAAGGAUCGACGAGGACGUCGACAGCAGCGACGAGAUGGCGGCUCGGCUCGACUCGGCGGAUGCCGAGGAAGUCGAGAUCCUGGCCGGCAGCAGCACGCGCGACCGCACUCCGGAGCUACCCAUCGACGAUCACGAAAGCCAAAGCUCGUCCGAUGGCUUCGAGAUUCUCGACAUCGUCACGGCGGACGGGUCCAGCAUUCUUCACGGCAAGCAGCGGGCCGUCUCACAGGGCAAGGACGAGGACCGAUCUCUGCCGAUCCACACGCUCCAGCUUAUUCACCAGGACGACGUCCGAGCAGCGGCCGAUGCGUCCCGAUCGAUGCGGGCUCGUUCGUUUGGCGCAAACGCCUCGAUGAGCGUCGACGCCUCUUCAGCCUCGGCGUACAGCCGCUUCCUGCGACUUUCGCAGCAGACGACCACGCCCAUCGUCGAGAUCUCCAGCCUGGACCCGCAUGCCGCCGCUCGAGCCACGGCCAUCCUCAAGCUCUAUCACCAGUACGUCGACGAGGGCUGGAUCCAGGGCGAUGAGGAAGGCGAAGCGUUGCGAGGAGAGGCUCUUGGAGAACCAUCGUCGAGGCAUGGCGCCCAUUUGCCCGACGACAUGGAUCCCCAGGAGAGGCUCAAGGUGCAGCAGGUCGUUCGCAUCCUGCAGGAAGCCGAGAGGAUCGCCGCCGGUCAGAAGAGUGGCCGCGCGGACAGGUCAGACGUCUCGGCAUCAUACGUCGACGCCGGGAGCCUCACGCUGCCGCAGAUCCUCAUGGACGCCGAGAUCAACAUCGCACGUCAAGACGCCCACACCGAGGCCAGCAGCGACGAUGGUUUCAGUGUGCGAGGGCUACUUGCGCCCGAGGAUGAGGCCACUCAACUGCGUACGCCGAUGAGCGGCGCCAAGGCGGCUGCCACGAUCGCUUCGCCGGCCACGCCCUUCCUUCCCGGCGGCUUCCGACCCGAACCUGCGUCAGUCGUUCGAGAGACUGUUCAGGUCCCUACGGCCAGCGAUCGAUCGAUGGUAGCGCAGGUCGAGCCGACCGUCUGGGGCAGGAGCGAUUGGGUCAGCCUCGACAAGUUCUUCGCUGCGCGCGUCAAGGCGAGCGCCAGGGCCAUCCUCAGGGCUGAUCUGUCGAGGAGCGGCAUCGAGGAUGUCUCUCACACGCAGAUUGUCGAUGUCGACAAGGUUGCGCUGCAGAUCCAGGCGCUGCUCUCGGUCGAUGCUCAUGAGCUUGCUGGCGACUUCCUCGACCAGCGUGGAGUCGCCGAGAACGACAGAAGGGCUGAAUGGGCGAGUUCCAAGAUCCGCUUCCGCAUACCGGCGCUGCAGCGCAAGUACCUCCGCAAGCUCGAGUCCAAGCAUCCUGGCAGGGUGACGGCCGAGCACGUCUCGCUGCUCGACCAGUCCGCCCGAGGUGACCUGAGCAGCAACGCCCCUCUCCUCGCGCUCGGCUUGGGUCGUGCCGGCAACGGCGGCAACGGCAAUGGCAACGACUCCAUCGCCACCGAGGACCUCGACUGGUCGCUCACCGGCAUGACGACCCGCAUCCAGGCCAGCCGCGACGGACAUGGCGAUAUGAGGGGCCAAGCGAACAGCUCAGCGACGGGGCUGAGGCCAAAGGAAGGUCGCCGCGCUGGGCGGGUCUCGUUCGGGACGCCCUACCGACUCGGAAUGCACAGCACGCCGAUGCCGGCGCUCAAAAGGGUGCAGGAGCAGGCAAAGCGAGAUGGUCUCUACCCGUCCUUGCAGCAGCUCUCAGCAAGGACAAGCAAGGCCCAGGAAGCCGGCGUUGGAGUGGCCUCCUCGAACGAGCCAGCUGCCGCCGCUCCCACCGACGCGACGGCGUUGCCCAGGCAGGUGCAGACGCCCGCAAAGACAGACCAGGGUUCUGACGGCACCACGUCGACGCCCAGCGUGGUCGCUCGCACCACACGCCUCUUGUCGCGGAUGAGCGGCAGCUUUUUUGGACUCGGCGCCUCGCCUGGUUCCACCUCGGCGUCGACGAGCGAUGCCUCUGCAGGCAAGGCCGCGGCAGCAUCGGCAAUGAAGUCGAUGGCGGCAUCCGCUGCAACCACCGGCGACGCCAGCCGAGGAUCAACGUCGAGCUCGGCUUCGCGCAUUCCAGCUCUCAAGAAGGCCAAGGCGCGCCGACACACGCCCAUCCGGCAGUUUGGAGGUCGUGCCAGCUCGCCAGUAGAGAUGUCUGGCGGUGGCAAGGAGAUGCAAAUGGCGGCGCAGUCGGCCGCUCCCGUCUCGAUUGAUCAGCCGCCAUCGCCGCCAUCGCCGCCGCCGCCGCCGCCGUCAGAGCAGCCACAGCAGCAGCGGCAGAAGGUCGACGGAGUGAGCGCGAAGCCCCGGACCUCGUCGCCGCCGACUCAGCGUGCCACAACUCUCAACCGAAAGCCUAGCAUCUCGGCCGCCGACCUGCAAGCCGCUAGCCGCUCGAUCCGGGAGAAGCGCACCUCGACCUCGUUCCUCGCCCCCCGAUACGACGACAGCACCAGCGCCAGCACAGCUUCGGGCCGCAGCACUCAGAACGUCGGCCGCGUCAUCGACACACGACCCACGCCGGCGACGACAACAACGACAAACACGAAGACUGCGACGACGACGGCCUCUGCCGUCGACAGCGGCAAGGGCUCAAUCACGAUCCGACGGAGCAACUCGGGCUCGUCGGGGCUGGUCCGACCGACUGCGCUGUCGCUGCUGCCCAACGCCGAGGCGUCGCACCAGAUGGCGCGGGAAAAGGUCAAGCAGCUGGCCAAGAGCCGGCAGGACCGCGACUGGAAGAGCCCGCGCGCGAGCCGAGUGACGAGGACACGCUCGCACGCCGAGAACCGCGUCGUCACCGCCAUUGCCACCGAGAUCCGCAAGCGGGCCGGCGGCGGUGGUGGUGGGAGCGGCGGUAGCGGCUCGUCGACACGGUAG